AGUGACUUUGUCGAUGCCUAGCAUUAUUAUAAGUUCAAUAAAUAUCUAAUUUUACUUUGUUCUUUGGUUUUUCACAUUUUCUCUUGCUUAUCAAUUAAUUUUGGUCUGUUUCUCCAAGGUUCUGGUCCGUCCUUUCUUCUGUCUCUAUUGUCUUCUCCUACCUAGAAUUUGAUUCACUUUGGCUGCAAAUUUAACUGUAAAUUCAAUCACCCAAAUGCAUAUGAAUAUCAAUGAUGAAGAUCCUAAAAGCAUUUGCUGAAUGUCAGGUUCCUCGGAUUUUAUUGAAAUGUUCAGUGGGAACCAUUGCUCUGGCAAUGACCUUAAUAUUUUAGUAGAGAUUCACUAUUAUUCGCAAUGCAAUUAGUAUCAAAUGAUAGUCAAAAGGAAGACAUUUCAGAAAGUGAACCCAUCUUAUGCCAGUCUGAUAUUUCACAAAGAUCUGAAGAAUGUUCAUCUUCAUCUGAAAUUACAACAGUUGAAGGGUAUUGUGUUGUUGUUAGUGAUGAUUUGGAAGAUAUUAAUGCUGAUGAAACUAGCCAUCUGGUGAAUGCAGACCAACCACAAUGCCGUAUAUGUCUUGAUAUUGAAGGGGACGACUUAAUCGCACCAUGCCACUGCAAGGGUACUCAGAAGUAUGUCCAUAGAUCCUGUCUUGAUAACUGGAGGUCAACUAAGGAGGGUUUUGCAUUUGCUCACUGUACAGAGUGCAGGGCAUUGUUCAUCUUACGUGCCAAUGUCCCACCUGAUCGCUGGUGGUUGAGAUUAAAAUUUCAGUUUCUUGUUGCGAGGGAUCAUGCAAUCAUUUUUGUAAUUGUUCAGUUGAUUGUGGCAUUCUUAGGGGUGCUGGUCUACAAGUUCUAUGGUGAGGAACUAAGAGAAAUGUUUGGCUAUGAUGAACAUCCUUAUGGAUUCUAUACUAUUUCGGGUUCUUGCAUCUUGUUAUGGCUGGGGGCAUUCUUGACAUACAAAUUUAAAUUCUCGCAACCAUUGAAUCGGGAAGUUAUACAAGUUGCCGUGCUACAUGUGUGGAACUCACCAAUGUGCAUUAGGCAUUGCAUUCCAUUCCAUGCCAUCAACCUGCAAGGCCUUGAAAAGUCAGUUUGUCCUUUGAAUACCUUAAUCCUUAUAUAGACAAUGUUUGUGGUUUUGUGCAUUAGUCAUUGGUUUCACUGAGAAGCAUUUUUAUACCUCUGUUCUUUACAAUCGUCAUUUUGUUUCUUUAUACAGAUGAUAAGAGGAAUAUGCCAAAUGAAUAAUUUUUUGUUUUUGAUAGUUGCAAAAUUGCUGAAGCCUUAAUGUUACUGAAAUCAAGUGUUUCUAUGUGCUUAA